AUGCACACGCAGGGCUCGUACGGUCAGGAUCAGGGCGCCUUCAAUGGUGUGCAACACAGCCAGUGCGUGCAGCGCAGGAUUUUGCUCCCCACUGGCGCUGCAGAGGCGUUCAACCGCGUUGACGACAGGGAGAUCUGCCUCGUUGCCGUGCCAUCCUCAGCAGACUCCUGUUGCUUCGGGCUUUGCUGCUGCCCCUGCGCACCACCGAUGGCCAUCCCAAGCGGCUACUUUGUCCUGAAGCAGACCUGGUCCAAACACCAGGGCGAGAUGGAUCCCGGCUGCGUAUUUUGCUGGCCUUUUUGGAACAAGAUCUCGCACAUCGUCAACAAGGCCACGGUUACCUACUCGGCGCCUUCGCGCCAGGUGCCGACAGCCGACAACGUGAUGGUGGACAUCAACCUCUCCGUCACCUUCUCCAUCGGGCCGGAUGGUGACGCGGCAUAUGACUUUGUCUAUAAGAUUGGCGCCGAGCGUUUCGACGAGUUUCUCUCCAACGUUGUGGAGGAGGGCAUCCGCGGCCUGGUCUACGGGGUGACGCACGAUCGUGUAAACGACCUGCGUGAGGAGUUCGCCAUGGGCAUGUUAAAGUCUCUUUCCUCGACGUUUGCGCCGUACGGCGUCAUUAUCCGCUCGGUCAAGAUCACCGAGACUGCCCUGCCGCGCUCCCUGGCGUCGCUGCUCGAGGAGACGACGACCUUCCGCACGCGCAUCGCAGAGAAGGCGAAAAAGCACGAGAACGCAAUUCGGGUGCUGAGUGACCAGGCGUCACAGGAGCUCGAGACGAUCUGUCGGACGAACGCGCGGCGCGAGCAGGACCUGCUCGCGCAGUGCCAGCGGUACGAGAUCGAGCACAAGGAGCGGGUGGACGAGCUCACGGGCGCGAGCACCGUCCGUGAGAUGGAGGCGAAGAGUGCCAUGGAGGUGCAAAUCGCGCGCGCGAAGGGCGAUUUUGACGUGGCGGCGAAGGAGGGCGAGCGCGAGGCGGAGAUGAUCCUGCGGGGCGCGCAGAUCGAGUGCGACAAGCGCAAGUUCACCGUCGAGGAGCAAGCGAGGGUGCGGAUCCUCGAGUCGGAGGCUAAGCUGGCCGCGGCCAAGAACAACGCCGACGCGCUGGUCGCUGUGGCAGAGGCGGAGAACAACUCGACCAAGGGGCUGGAGACGAAGAGAAAGUACGAGCUCGAAUGGCAGCGGCUCUCUGUCCUCAAGGACCUCGCCAGCACGGGCCGGCGCUUCUUCUCGGGACCGGCUGGCCAGUCGAUGCUUCGGGAGAUGGCGCCCGGCGAGGGUAAGGGCCCAUCUUCAGGCAAGUACUUCUGA